GAGCGCUCACCGGAGACAAAGGCAGCGCCGGGAGGCGGCGGCGGCGCCGCGCAUCGGGCGCGCACCGGGCCCCCUUCCUUUCCCCCCGCUCCCCCUCCCGCCGCCGCCACCCUAUGGAGCCGCCGCCCGCCGCUUGAGCCACGUGCGCCGCCGCCGGGCCCCCUCCCCAGCGGCCCCCUCCCAGCGAUGGGCAGCGGGACCCCGCCGGCCCCAGCCCCCCGCCGCCCGCCCCGCCGGCCCCCAGCCCCACCGCCCGCCCAGCGCACCCAGGCCUGACCCACCUGCUCCGGCCCCCCCCGGCUCCAUGGCGAGGACGGACCCCUGACGGCGGGCGCCCGCGGGCCGGAGGAGACGCCGCCGGGCACGGCCCGGGGAGAUGCCCUCGGUAGCCCUGGCAGCAUCGGGUCCUGCCCUGGCCCUGCGGCUGCCCUGAGCAUCCCGUCCCCCACCCCGAGGGCAGGGAGAGGCCGUGGCCUCCCCCCGGGACCGGCAGCCAAGAUGGUGAUGUCCCAGGGCACCUACACCUUCCUCACCUGCUUCGCGGGCUUCUGGCUCAUCUGGGGCCUCAUCGUGCUGCUGUGCUGCUUCUGCAGCUACCUGCGGCGGCGGGUGAAACGGCAGCAGGAGGAGCGGCUGCGGGAGCAGAGCCUACGUGCGCUGGAGCUGGAGCCGCUGCACUACGAGGGUUAUGGGGGCAGCCCCCCCGGCAUCGCCAUUCCCCACCGCCUGCGCCUCGAGCCCCACCAUCAUCACCCCCACCACAUCCCUCCCCCCCGGCCCUGGAGCUGCCGGCACGGUAAGGAGCAGGGAGGAGAUGUCGGCGCAGCGUGCGCUUCUCCCUGGUGUUGGGGGGGGAUACGGCAGGAGAAGCGGGGCGCAGCACUGAUGGCAGCAGGGGUCCGGGGGGGGCUUUGCCUUGCAGAGUCAGACCUGUCAAAGCCGCCGUGUUACGAGGAAGCGCUGCUGAUGGCGGAGCCCCCCCCACCAUACAGCGAGGUGCUGAUGGACACACGGGGGCUCUACCGCAAAAUCAACGCCCCAUUCCUGAGCCACGAGCGGCUGGAGAAGCAGGAGCAGCCCCCCAGCUACAAACCCCUUUUCCUGGAUGCCGGCUACGGCUCCUCACUGCACCUGCCCCGCUCGGCCAGCCCCGGCCCUGCCUGCCCGGACCUCUACCUGCAGGCAGAGUGCUCCCCUCGCAUGUUUCCCAGCUGGACGGACUCGGAGCUCAGCAGCAGGGACACCUACGAGCCGGGACCCUGGCACCUCCCGGUCUCCAUGCCCCUCUUCGGCAGGACUACCGCUGUCUAACAGCGGCACCGGGGGACCCCCGGACCUUACUGCGGGUGCCCCUCCGGCACUGGAGGAGGAGGGGGCAUGGGAAUUUGGGUUCGGUCGCCCCCAUCACCCCGGGGACACCCGCCCUGGCGCGGGCCAUCGCCGCCGGCGCGGAAGGGGCUGGUUCCCCGCCUGGCCCCUGCUGCACCCCCCCCCGGCCGGGGGCUCCGGGGACCCGGACUCUGCUCUUGUUUCUUAACUUUUUCGUUUGUUACAGUUUGAGAAUAAAAGUUUGUGGCUCGG